AUGGACACUGCUAUGGAAAUCAACCUGGGUGCCGCUGGCCACGGGCCCCGCACAGAGCUCGACGAUGAGGACUACCCCCAGGGUGGCUGGGACACGGUCUUCCUGGUGGCCCUGCUGCUCCUGGGGCUGCCAGCCAAUGGGCUCAUGGCAUGGCUGGCCGGCUCGCAGGCCCGGCAGGGAGCGGGCACGCGGCUCGCCCUGCUUCUGCUCAGCCUGGCCCUCUCUGACUUUUUGUUCCUGGCGGCAGCAGCCUUCCAGAUCCUGGAGAUCCAGCAUGGAGGGCACUGGCCACUGGGGACGGCCGCCUGCCGCUUCUACUACUUCCUGUGGGGUGUGUCCUACUCCUCCGGCCUCUUCCUGCUGACAGCCCUCAGCCUGGACCGCUGCCUGCUUGUGCUGUGCCCUCGCUGGUACCCUGGGCACCGCCCAGCCCGCCUGCCCCUCUGGGUCUGUGCCGGGGUCUGGGUGCUGGCCACCCUUUUCAGUGUGCCCUGGCUGGUCUUCCCCGAGGCCGCCGUCUGGUGGUACGACCUGGUCAUCUGCCUGGAUUUCUGGGACAGCGAGGAGCUGCCGCUGCGGAUGCUCGAGAUCCUGGGGGGCUUCCUGCCUUUCCUCCUGCUGCUCGUCUGCCACGUGCUCACCCAGGCUGCCACCUGCAGAACCUGCCGCCGCCAGCCCGGCUCCACGGCCUGCCGAGGCUUUGCCCGCGUGGCCAAGACCAUUUUGUCAGCCUAUGUGGUCCUGAGGCUGCCCUACCAGCUGGCGCAGCUGCUGUACCUGGCCUUCCUGUGGGACAUCUACCCCGGCUACCUGCUCUGGGAGGCCCUGGUCUACUCUGACUAUCUGAUCCUGCUCGACAGCUGCCUCAGUCCCUUCCUCUGCCUCCUGGCCAGUGCCGACCUCCGGGCCCUGCUGCACACCGUGCUCUCCUCCUUUGCCGCAGCUCUCUGUGAGGAGCGGCCGGGCAGCUUCACUCCGGCUGAGCCACAGACCCAAGCGGCCUCUGGGGAUCAGACUCUACCAGGGCCAGUGGCUGAGGCCCAGCCACAGGUGAACCCCACAGCCCAGCCACUGUUGGAGUCCGCGGCCCAGCCACAGUCAGACUCUCUGGUCCAGCCUCAGCUGAACCCCAGGGCCCAGCCCCAGGAGAACCACGAGGCCCAGCCCCAGCCGGAUGCUGGGGCCCAGCCACAGGCAAGCCCUGAGGCCCAGGCCCCUGGAGCCCUGGCCAGCUCAGCCCCCAGCCCCUGUGACGAAGCCUCCUCUGCCCCCUCCACGGAUUCCACCCCAGAGGCCCCUGUGAACCCGGCCGAACCUGCUGCCUCUGAGGGAGAAAGCCCCAGCAGCGCCCCCCAGGAGGAGGCCCCGGGUGCAGGCCCCACGUGA